AUGGCCGACGCCGCCGCCCUCCUCAACCUCGCCGAGACCGACGUCAGGACCGAGAUCCCCAAGGAGACAUACGGGCCCGUUCUCACCAAAGCGCCCUUCAUCUUCGUCGACGGCACCUUCAACACGCGCGACCUGGGCUUGAUCCCCGACAGCCCGCUACGCGCCAACUUCGCCUUCCGGUCCGGCGCGCUCGCCCAGCUGACCGACCACGGCAAGGCCGUGCUGAAGGGCAAGGGCAUCAAACGUAUAUUCGACCUGCGGUCGCCCGAAGAGCGCGCCCGCAUGCCCGACCCGGACCUCGUGGGCGUCGAGAACACGUGGAUACACAGCGCGCGGCCCGACUCGACACCCGACUUGGGCCGCUUCGUGGCGAACGGUGGGGAGGAGGGGUAUCGGGAUAUGUACCUUGAGGUCGUGGAUGUGUAUCGGGACAGCUGGAAGGCGAUUCUCGAGCAUGUCAGGGACCGGCCGCGGGAGCCUUUCUUGGUACAUUGCACGGCUGGACGUGACAGAACCGGUGUGUUCGGAGGUCUACUCCUCACCCUCGCUGGCGCUUCCGAGAAUGUCAUCGCCCUCGAUUACCUGCUGUCGCGCAUCGGCACCGAGCCCGUGCGCUUGAUGCUGCUGCAAUUCGCUCUGGAGGGCUCGAAUGCCAUGGAUCAGGAACAACCCGGCUUCGAAAACCUGUGCAGUCUGCGGAGGUCAUGUUGGGACUCAUUUGUCGACGGUGUCAAGAAGGAAUAUGGUGGGUUCGAGAAGUUCGUCACGGACGAGCUGGGGUUCUCUGAUGAUGACCUGGCUAAGAUCAAGGCGAACCUGACCCGCCCUUGA